GGGAGUCAUGCGCUGCGUCUCCGGGCUCGCGGCGCUGCGGGGGCUGCUGUGCGGCGCGCGGGCCCUGGGCCCUAGCCUGCUCGCGCGCUCCUGCUCGGGAGGACCCUCCUGGACCCGGGAGCGGACCCUGGUUGCGGUGAAGCCAGAUGGGGUGCAGCGGCGGCUGGUCGGGGAUGUGAUCCAGCGCUUUGAAAGGAGGGGCUUCAAGCUGGUGGGGAUGAAGAUGCUGCAGGCCCCAGAGAGGAUCCUUGCUGAGCACUACCACGAUCUGCAGAGGAAGCCCUUCUACCCAGCCCUCAUCAGCUACAUGAGCUCCGGCCCAGUGGUGGCCAUGGUCUGGGAAGGCCCCAAUGUGGUCUGUACCUCGAGGGCCAUGAUAGGCCACACCAACUCCGCCAAGGCUGCCCCUGGCACCAUCCGGGGAGACUUCAGCACCCACGUCAGCAGGAAUGUCAUCCAUGCCAGCGACUCUGUGGAGGGGGCCCAGAGAGAGAUCCAGCUGUGGUUCCAGAGCAGUGAGCUGGUGGACUGGGCAGAUGAAGGCCACCUCAGCAGCAUCUACGCAGCUUGAGCACGCAGGUGCCCGCGGUCACCCCGGCAUCCACUCAGGACCAGCUACCUCUGUUGACAAGAACUUGAGCUCACACCCAUGCUCUGCCCAUCUGUCCCAGACCACCUCCCUGUCCACCUUCUGCCCCACUCCAGCCACAGAGUGGUUGAGCCACCAACUUUAUGUGCCUUUUAGUAUUAUCCUAAGCCAGCAAGGGACUGGACCAAGUCCUUUCUGAACCAAAGUGCCAGACAAGCUUUGGGGUCCAAAAGCUGGUAGUGUGACCGUCCUUUCCCCAAAGUGGGGACAUUAAAAUUCACUGUGCUGUGCA